UGUACUCUCUUGAGAUAAUGCUUGAAACUGACAAAAGCACGACAGAAAAUGAUUCUUUAUUUUUAGUGUGUGCCAAGUGGGUUUCACUUUAUUUGUUUGUUUUCUGUACUUUCAGAUGAGUCUGCUAUCCACGGUCUGCCCACACCGGAUCAGCAGUGGCUGAAGGAGGAUGAGGAGCGGGGAAUCUUCAAGAGCCGCGUGUUUUUUUGGAGACCGGUGGGGGUGUGGCGGUACGGUCUUCGCUGCCCCAGGCUUGAGUGUCCUGCGAGGGACAAGAGCAACGCAGUUCUCUACAGGAGGACGUCUGCACUGACAACCCUCUGCCUGGGUUCCAACAGCUUGUGCUGCUCUUGUAGAGGUCGGCUUGACUGACCAGAAGCUGCUCCUCACCACUGCUCAGCGCAACCGGGUCCUGGACGCAUGGAACGCUGUUGAGGAGCACGACAAGCAGCCACAGCGGUACCACCAGCUGUACCGGACCCACUGGGGCAACACCCUCUACUGCCGCACAAAGAGGGACGACCUGGCUGACGCCGCCGUGGUCCAGCGGGUCAAGAUGGCCAAGAGGUACGCGCCAGCUCAGCAGGACAUCAGCCCGCAGCACAACAGGCUGAUGUAUGUGCUGGUCAAGCUGCUGUGGCUGCGUUCGCCUCAGGCCCCUCACUCCAGCCCUGAAAAGGUGAGCAUCCUCAAGGCCUAUGAGAGGAUCCAGCACUGGGUCUUGGUGGAGGACCCGGUCCUCUGCAAAGCUGGUAUCCCUCUGCCAAAGUUAAACACCAAGACCGUCAGGGAUUUCAUCCGGCAGCAGGAAAGGUUGGUGAACUUGCACGCCACCAGGCAGCCAGCAGUCACCUCUAAGACCGCCUCUGUGUCUUGUGCGCAGCUGCCUCCUGCUCCCCGCCAGCCUGACGUGCUCCCUCCACCCGACUACCCAGUCAUGGAGUACGUGCCCACUCCAAGCACGGCCGGCACAAAGGUCUUGAGGGGUCGGACCAACCUGCUGGUCAGACUCUGCCUGUUUCCAUCAGGCCAGCUGUUCAGCAGCCGCCGCCCUCUGGACAGGUAGGAUCGUCAUGGUCCCGAUCCACGCACUACAAGCGGACGCUUGUGGCAGACCACCCCACCGAGCUGGGCGUGAAACUGACGAGGGUGCAGCAUCUCCCGACCUGCAAGGUAUGCAG